GGCAGCCCUGACACAAACAAGAUGGCUAACCAAGGAGUUGAUCAGCUUUUUGACAUCCGCACUUCAUUUCUUACUGGGAACUUUCAACAAUGCAUUAAUGAAGCACCCAAAUUAAAUGUAAAUGAAUAAUAUCUUAUUUUAUUGAAAAUAUCAAAGUAUCGCUGAUCACGCCUAAAUGUCACAAUCUGAACAGUGGAAUAGACUCAACACAUUCAUUAUAAUUAUUAUUUAACGACUAACGAUCAAUUCAAUAUAUAUGUUACCGGCAAUGUGUGAAAUCCGGCAUUUUAUAGAAUGCCUAGGUAUUCUAUAGAAUGCCUGAAAAUUGUAGGCAAAGUAUGAAAUGGUUUAUAUUUUACACAUUUCCUAGGCAUUCUAUAUAAUGCCUAAGAGCGACCCGGCAAUGUAUAAGAAUACCCCGCCAUUCAUGUUGGAUUCGUUGCUUGGUGGUGGCGUUGUGAUCACGACACACAUGCUUCAUACUCCCGCCAAAGACGCUACCCCUAUUGUUUCAAGAUGGCUGCCGAGAUGUUGGAAGAUCAGAUUGUAGCUUCAGAUCAGGAAUCAUGGUAUGUUGACAUGCAACGGCGGUUCUACGAUGAACUUUCUCAAUUUCGAGCCAACACUGCUAAAAACUGCGUUUCUCUAACAGAAACUAGUUACCAAAAAUUAGUGGAUGAUGUGAAAAUGGCUCGGGUGACAACUCGGAAGAAACCACUAGACUAUUGGCUGCUGAAACGCUCUGAUUUAAUGGCGGUAGAGAACAAAAGCAAGUUGAUCUAUCCUGUUAAAGAAGGCGACAGUGCUAUUCAGUUCUAUGUCUUGGAUUCAGAAUUAUUUGACGUACUUCACGAGGCUCAUUUGGCCGUGGGACAUGGAGGAAGGGACAGAAUGUUGAAAGAACUUUCACACAAGUAUAAGAACAUUACACGUAAUGAUAUUGAACUUUACCUCCACCUUUGUGAGCCGUGCCAGAAGAAACAAAAAGGUGUCACAAAGGGUGUUGUUGUGAAGCCUAUGAUUUUUUCUGAAUUCAACUCCCGUGGUCAGGUCGAUCUUAUCGAUUUUCAAUCCCAUCCUGACAGGGAAUAUAAAUUUAUAAUGGUGUACCAAGAUCAUCUCACAAAGUUUGUGGUUCUGAGGGCUUUAACAUCCAAGAGGGCGGAAGAGGUAGCCUACACAUUAGUGGAAAUAUUUACGCUGCUUGGAGCUCCAUCAAUUCUACAGUCCUAUAAUGGCCGGGAAUUUACAAACAAUGUGGUGAACAGCCUAAAGGAGUACUGGCUAAAGUUGAAGAUCGUCCAUGGUAAACCGUGCCACUCACAAAGCCAGGGCAGUGUCGAAAGAGCUAAUCAAGACAUCGAAAACACGCUAUGUGCUUGGAUGCAAGGUAACAAAAAACUGACCACUGGGCUGAGGGAUUAUAAUUCAUCCAACUUAUGAAGAACAGGGCCUUUCAUUCUAGGAUCAAGAGAACAUCUUAUGAAGAACAGGGCCUUUCAUUCUGGGAUCAAGAGAAUGCCUUAUGAAGAACAGGGCUUUUCAUUCUGGGAUCAAGAGAAUGCCUUAUGAAUAACAGGGCCUUUCAUUCUGGGAUCAAGAGAACGCCUUAUGAAGCUCUGUUUGGUUGCAAAGCUAAAGUGGGCAUUGCAACGUCUUCCAUACCCCCUGACGUUUUGCAAGACAUACAGACUGAGAAAGAACUCNCCUUAUGAAGAACAGGGCUUUUCAUUCUGGGAUCAAGAGAAUGCCUUAUGAAUAACAGGGCCUUUCAUUCUGGGAUCAAGAGAACGCCUUAUGAAGCUCUGUUUGGUUGCAAAGCUAAAGUGGGCAUUGCAACGUCUUCCAUACCCCCUGACGUUUUGCAAGACAUACAGACUGAGAAAGAACUCGAAAAAAUAAUAGAAAGCGUAAAAACAACACAGGAGGAGGAAGCCAAUCGUCAGAUGCAAGAUACAGAGCCUGCUAUAAAGAAUACUGAAGAGAAUGCAACCAGUAAUGGAGGAAACCAAACUGAUUGUGACGUCAUGGUUACCGAAGAGCCUUCCACUUCGGGUGUUUGUUGUGUCUGCUUAAAAGAAAGCGGCGGUGCCCUUGCAUGCCGAAACUGUCCCCGUAAUGUCAUGUGAUCUGUGGGAAUGCUGCUAAAGACGAUGGAGACGAGGAAAUAGAAGGUUAUGGUGUUGGUAUUUUGUGCAGCUUGUGUUUCAAGAUAAAGCGAGCUAUAGAUGCUAGAAAAGAAUCUAAAUCGAAUCUUGAAAUCCAGACCAAAAAAAUGAAAAUAAACUCUGACAAAAAAAUUCCCUUCUGCACCUUUAGGAGCCACUGUGCGAGUUCCUAUUCCUGACGUUGACAAGGGACGGUGUGACUCGCGCAAUCUGUUGGCAGUUGUUAUGACAGAGACAGAAGACGGCUUUUACCGACUUGGAACUGCACACGGAAUCUUGAAACAACUGCAUUCGAUAUCACAGUUCACUGUAUGUCCAAAAGAUUUAUUGAGGGUUGAAGACGUCCCGGCCCAUUAAAUACCUCUCCAAUCUGCAGCUAUCUCUCAGUCAACAGGAAGCGGUCAAGGAUACGUGAGGUAUAUGUGCAAGACCAGGUGCCAAAAUAUGAAGUGUCUUUGUUUGAAAAAGAAAAUUAAGUGCAAUUCCAAAUGCCACUCCAGCCGUACUGGCUGCAACAAGUAGCUCGAUGACACCUUUGCUUUCCAGUUUUGUUGUUAUCUUUCGUAUUCAAAUGUGUUUUUCCAAUUAAAAAAAUUUCUUUACGCUCUUUUGAAACUUUGCCUGAAUUAUAUUUGUCAUUAUAUAUAAUACCUAGGCAAUGUAUAAAAUGCCUAGGCAAAGUAUGUAACUUAAUCACGAAAAUAAAAUAUUUCAUACUUUGCCUAAAACCGCCAGGCAUUCUAUAUAAUGCCUAGGCAUUCUAUACAAUGCCUGCAUUUCACACAUUGCCGGUAACAUAUAUAUCAAAGUAUGUAACUUAAUCACGAAAAUAAAAUAUUUCAUACUUUGCCUAAAACCGCCAGGCAUUCUAUAUAAUGCCUAGGCAUUCUAUACAAUGCCUGCAUUUCACACAUUGCCGGUAACAUAUAUAAUAAGUAUAAGUAGAAAGUUAUGAUUAAGUUUAAGGUUGAAAUACUCAAUGUUAAUUGACAUUUGUGAUUUAAUAGGACCUAUACAAAACUUAUCAUUCUUUAAAUUAAACUUUGUCUUUACUAAGUACUAAGUAGCCACUUCGAUGAGAUCCGGGAAUUGCCGAAAACCAGGUAUCGUGAUUUCGUUAUCAAAAUGGCGACCUCCACUUUUUAAUUUACCGAGACCCUCGUUGUUCACGAUUUUUUUGCUAAUUAUAGCCCAGCAAGAACAUUCUAUUUCCGCCCACAACUUUGAGUAGAUACUUUGGUCUUUGGUAAAAAAUUUAAACAUUUUGUAAAAAUAAACCAAUGGCACAGUUGAAUAGAGCUAAUUUUUUUACAGAAUUAUAAUGCCAAAAUCAUAUUUUCAGCUGUUGUAGUUUUAAAGUUAUGAAUUUUUACAGUACGACUUGGUUUUUCCUUUUUUAACAUGGACUGCAUCUCCACAUUCUGUGACCUCAUUCCGGUGUUCGCGUCAUGCGCAGUGACUAUAUAGGUUAUAUAAGCCAACGCAUCCCCUUAUCACUAAAGUACUGUUUAGGGUCUACGCAUUUUAAACUUUCAACUUUGGCACAGAAAUGGGUCACAAAAUGUGCUGAUGCAAUCUCUAGUAAAAAAAAAAGGACCAAAAACUACAUAUUUUAGAAAAUUCGAGCUCAGACAUUACUUAAACUAUAAAGUUGAUGUUGGUGUCAUUUUAAAAUAAAAUUUGCUGUAUACAGCCGUACUGCUUUUAUUAUUUAAAGAAUUUUUUUUUUUUAGCGAAAUACCUAGCAUUAUGAAAAUAAUACUAUUAAUAUUAGUAUGGAACAAAUGAGGAGGAUUAAAAGAACGCAAUGCUUCAUUCCACAGUAAGGCCCUCUCUAAGAUCAAGCCUUUUUUUUUUUCUUCAUUGAUAAAUAUCCUUCCUCAAACUUGCCAAGGCCUUAGACUAAAAUCCAGUUAGUCUUAGCAUUUAUUUCAGCCGUGAUCUUAUUAUUAUAUUGCAGUUAUGUAUUAAAGAUAUAAUUUCUUUCCAGCUGGGAACUCCUGAACUGAAAAUCGAACGUGAUGUCAUUAUGUACAGAGCUUAUAUUGCACAGAAGAAGUAUGGUGUCGUUUUGGAUGAAAUCAAAGGAUCUGCUCCAGCUGAGCUUCAGGCAGUUAGGAUGUAUGCAGACUAUUUGUCUAACGAAUCACGCAGGUGAACAUGUACUUUCAGUAAUUAUUAUGUUUUGAUAUAUUCCACUAUUUUAUUUUUAGUACAUUUAUAAUUACUUGAAAUCUAUAUUAAAUCCAAUACAAAAUUGUCUAGUAAGAACAUACACUUUAAAAUCUGUAUAUACACUUUAAAAUCUGAAUGUUCCUACAUUUUAAUCCGCCCUAAUAUUAAUAUGUUAUUUCAGGGAUGUCAUUUUAAGAGAUUUGGACUCGAAGAUGAGUGGCAAUGUUGAUCUGAGCAACAAUAUCUUCCUUUUAAUGGCAGGAUCAAUUUACUAUCAUGAGCAGGUAUCUUAAUCAUUGUAUACAGGUGUAGACUAUGAAUAUCAGUAACAAAAAUUGGAAAUGUUCUUAAAUUUAUCCAAAUAGAACCAAUAUAUCAUCAAUGACCUACCCGAGAAACUGACAUCCCAAGCAAGACUGUUUACAGAUGACACUGCGGUGUAUAGGACGAUCGCCAACAGAUCUGACCAGGACCGGCUACAACAAGAUCUCAAUCGGUUAGCUGAGUGGGAGAUGAGCUGGGACAUGAAAUUUCAUCCUGCCAAGUGCCAGACACUGUCAGUCUCUAGAAGUUGUACUCCUCUACACCACCAAUAUGAACUGCAUGGCCAUAUACUUGAGCCAGUUUCCUCCGUAAAGUACCUGAGUGUUACCAUUCAAAGAGAGGUCUGCAGGGACGAGCAUAUUAACAAUGUGUGCAACCAGGCAAAAAAGAUCCUGGGUUCUUAAGGCGUAAUCUAAAGAUUGGAAACUCCAGUGUGAAAGAAAGAGCCUAUAAAGCCUGUGUUCGUCUGGUUUUAGAUUAUGCAUCCUCUGUCUGGGACCCAUUAACCAAAAGAUCAUCGACAGGUUGGAGGCGGUCCAGGGAUGGGCAACAUGCUUUGUUCUGAACCACUUCAGGAAUACCUCUAGUGUUGGCAGCAUGCUGGAAACACCAGGCUGGUAACCAUUGGAGGAACGAUGACGACUAUCCAGGCUCUUUAUAAUGUAUAAGAUAAAUAAUGGACUAGUCCACUGCUCCAGCAUUAAACAGAAACUCAUCCCUCUCCCCCAGCAACGAGGCCAUGACAGGCAAUUCCGGCUCAUACCAGCGAGAAGCCAGUAUAGGAACUGCUCAUUCCUGCCCAAGACAAUCAGGGACUGGUACAAGUUUUCAAAAGGAACAGUUGAGGCGACAACACUUUACACAUUUUCAUCUAUUGCCUCAGGUCUUCCAACCCCCAGUGUAUGAUAGCCUCACAAAGUAGCCCUUGCAACCAGCAAAAUAUCCUCAUCAUCACCAGGCACAGAAACAUUGCAAAUCCCCUCUACAUUCAUAGGAGCCAAAAUGAUCAAUAAAUUGAUCAUGGGCCCUUAAUAUAUAGAAGAAGAAGAAAAGUGUCAAUUAAAUAUUAACAAUAUUAAUGUGGUAAUAAGUUCACCUUGUGAAAUGGUUAUUAGUAUAUUAACUGACAUUCAAUUUCAGACUGAUGAAACAUUUCUUUUUAUUAAUAUUCAUUUAUAUGCAUUUUCAGAAUUAUGACUCAGCUCUGAGAACCUUGCAUCAGUCUGACAACUUAGAAUGGUAAAGUAUAAUUUUGUUAGGCAUUUUCUGUAACUGGAACAAUGAAAAGAUGUAAGACACAAAUAAAAUAUUUAGUUUAAUCUUUUUUUUUUUUUUAAUUUUCAACGUUCCCAAAAUUAAAACAAUUUAUGAUUGAACAUUUUUUUGUUUGAAAUGGUGUCACUUCGUAAUAUUUUGAAAAGCUAAUUACAACAUUUUAAUUUGUCUUUUAAUAUUUGAAACAAUAGCAUGGCCUUGAUGGUGCAGACUCUAUUAAAGAUAGACAGAGUGGAUCUUGCUAAGUAUGUAAUUUUAGUUAUGGUAUUACAUUUUUGGUUUACUAAUUUGGAUUCGUUGUCCCAAAAAGAGGGAGGGGCUUUCAAAUUAUAUGUUGCUAUGUGGAGAGAGCAGAGGUAUCAUAAUUACUCAAAAUUACCUUUUUAAUAGUUGCAUCAAAAUUAUUCAGUUUAAAAAAAAUGUAUGCUUGUAUUUAGUAGAGGAAAAAAAUAUUGUUCUGAGGCCCUGACAGCCAUAGAUGACCCAGCUUCUUAUCUGCUUUUGUAUUAUUUCAAGCUUAUUUGCUAAUUUUUGUUGCAGAAAAGAGUUAAAAAGGAUGCAAGAUGCUGAUGAAGACAACAUUCUAUUUCAAUUAGCACAGGCUUGGUUUAAUCUAGCUGUGGUAAGAUCAGUUUUUCGGUGAUGUUUAAUAAUUUAAAGCAGUUUUAUCAUGUUACUCAACUGAAUCUUAUAUCAGCACGAUUGUGUUACUUUUAGAGUUUUAUUAGGAACUUGAAGAUAUCACGUCAGCUUGGGAUAUCACUUAGUAUUCUCAGCAAAGGGGAUGAUAACUUUUUAAAAGAAUUUUUAUAAUUCCUGUCAUUCAAAAAGUUGCUUUAGUAAAUAAAAUGUGAAAAUUCUGGCACUAAAUAAGUAUUAAAUAUUCAUAGUUUCACUUAUUACCCACUUGAUAUUAGGUUAUGGUGAUAUAUUUUGUGGUAUCUCAAGAAAUCACUGAAGAUAACUCAUGAUUGUUAUCUCUGGUUAGUAGAGUUCAAACAGAUCUGAAAUUUUGAUAAAUCCUGUUUAUUUUUUAUUUGCCUACAGUUUUGUGGAUUUUUCAUACAAAUUCAAAGACAAACAUAAUGAUAUCUUGCAUAUAUUAAAUGGCAAUAGUUUUAAUUCGUGUCUAGAUUAAUCCAAGCAUGGUUGGUGCAGGCUCAUUAGGUAAAGCUAGGGAGUUUGAUCCAGAUUCGUGCCUUAAAGCGGGAUAUUGUUUAUUUCUAACUUCAUUCAAGUCGACUCAAGUUCAAGCUGUAAAAAAAAGUCUUAGUACCGAUAUCAGUAAUUUUUAUUGGCUGUUUUCCAUUCAUUGUUUAUAUAAUAAUUAAUAAUUAGACAUAAUGUUAUCUUUUUUAGGGUGGUGAUAAAUAUCAGGAUGCUUAUUACAUUUUCCAAGAGCUAGCGGACAAACACACAAGUACGCCUUUACUUCUUAAUGGUCAGGCUGCUUGCUACAUGGCACAGGGAAGGUUUGAUGAUGCUGAGUCUGUGCUGCAGGAGGCUAUGGACAAAGUGAGUGUCUUAUUUUCCAUGUAAUCCAUUUUAACCCAAGAUAAAAAAGUCUCUGCAUUGCUUUCUUCCUUAAGAAUAACAUGGUUUUUGUAUCUCAACCCAAAAAAUCCUGGGCGUGCAGAAAUGUUUUCGUUUGUAGCCCUAGCCAAAGUGGAACACCUCCUCCGUUACUGUAGUUAGGAUUAGAACAUUUUUGUAACAUCUGCUUUGCAAUAUAUUUCUCUGAAAUAAAUUUACUUUCAUUCAUAACUGAUUGCUUUAUGUAUUGCAUUUAAUUAUUUCACUAUGCUGGUGUUAUUUAAAUUCUUAAAAUUAUUCAAAAUAUAAUGAUGCAUGCCUGGACUGUUCAUGAUCAUUAAAAAAAAGAAAUAAAAUCUGCUAUUUAAUUAAUGAAUACCCAUCAAUAAAAAGAACAAAAAACUGAAGUCAUAUCCCUUGAUCUUGUUUCUUGCAAGAUUUUUAUUUAGAUAGCGAGAUUUCAGCUUUUAUGUAGCAACUUAUAAACAUUGCGUCAAGUGGUGGGAUGUGACCAUUAUGGGGUUGAAUAGGUUAAUCCAGCAAUUAUUUGCCUUUUUUUUGGGGUGAUCUUACUUCACAAAAUUAGUGUUUUAAAAAAAAUAAAAUCUUGAAUUAUCAUCUUACUCUUUUGGAUAUAGUAAAAAUUAAAAUAUCUUUACAUUUUGGAUAGUGUCACCACAUGGUGGGAGGUUGUAAGGUGACAUCAUAUAUGUAUCCUUAUUAACACCUGCAUUGUCAAACUGUUGUUCUUUCAUUGUAUGACACUAAGCUGUUUGGCCCAACCUUUAAUGGAACUGCAAAUAGGCAGGUCUUGUAGGGCUAUAAGGAUGGCCACUCUAUUUGUUGUUUUCUUUCUAUUGUUAGUUGUUAGUUAAAUUUUCUUUACCCUAUUCCCAAUCAAUAUUUUGUUACAUUUCAGGAUAGCAACAAUGCUGAGACUAUUAUAAAUAUGAUUGUCCUAAGUCAACAUUUAGGGAAAGCUCCUGAGGUCAGUUUCAUGUUUGAUGUUUUUUUUAGCCCCAGAUUUCAUUUUAAUUGAUUUGCUUCAAUUUUACAAAAUCUUUGGUAAUUUGGCCUUUGACUACUAUUAUAAGAGGAAUUAUUUUAAAAAUAUUAUGUUCUUUUAUAGUCUUCCUUUUUUAAUAAUAUUUAUGUAUUGAACAGGUUAGCAAUCGAUACAUCUCACAGCUUAAGGAUUCUCAUCGUAGCCACCCAUUUGUACGAGACUACCUACAGAAGGUCUGUUAACAAUGCAAUAAUACUUUUAAAAUAAGCAGCUCACUAUAUCUUAUUUUUCUGUAAUGGUCUUUAACCCCCUCCUGUCUUAAGUGUUGUUCAGCCCCUGCCUUAAAUGCUAUUACCUUUUUAUAUAUGAUGCUGCCCAGGGUGCAUAACAACCUAACCCCCAAACUGCUAAAGUUUACUGGUAUUCUGUUAAAAAUGUUUCCUUUCUUUGUGAAGAAAUCUGAAUGUUAUCUUCUUUAACCGUCAAGUAAUAAGAAUGAGGAGUUUAGCCAAACUUUCCAAGUUCUUGAUAAGGGAUCAAAGCUAAGGUGAUGAAGCUAUUGAGCCGACUGAUGUAGAAGAAAUAGAAAUUAAUGGAGAAAGGGAUUAUGAAAGUCCUAUUGCCAAGAAUAACACAAAUAUUUGAAUUGAGAAUUAGUACAACCACAUCCUUCCUUAGGUGAUGAAAUUGAAAUUUUAAAAAUUAUUCAUUUUUACCUUCAUAUAUUACAAUGGAAAGGUUAUUAUAUAUAUAUAACUAAUGGUUUAUAUUAAAAUGUUAGUAUAGAAUGGGGUAAUUGCUUAAAUACUGCAUAUUUUGAUGUUUUGAAGGGGGCUGUUGACAUGCGUAGGGGUUAUUAUAGACAUCAGCCUUGAAUUAAAAUUUUACAAUACACUAAACAAAUCAAUUAAGGUAAUUGGUCAUAAAAUCUUAAAUAAAAACAACAUAAAGCAACUGGACAAAUAAAAAAAUAAUAUUUUAAACUGGCCAUAUUGCUUUCUUUGUCACUGAUCUUUCUUUCUUAUUAAAAUAUGUGUUUUCAAUUCUAAAGAAAAUAUUCUGACCCAGAUUAAGAAUAAAAAUAAUAUUAAAGAAUCAAGUUAAAAUAUCAAUAUAAAAGAACUUAACUGGAGGGAUCCAUGAUCAUGAACAAGAUGUCAAAAUCCUUUGUAUUAUUGUAAACAUAUGCAUCCUUCUACAUCCAUUUAACCAAAAUUUUAAAAAAUCAAAGUAUACAGAAAGUCAUAGAAUGAGAAGUCACAAAACUUUUCUUAUGUCAUGUGCGUUAAAGUCAUGGAUAAGCUUUUAAAUUUUUUGAUUUACUUGUAAUUUUGGUGGGCUAACAUUUUUAAUGUUAGUGCGGAUAUUUAUAAAACUUGUUUCAAUUUUUAUGUUUUACAGGAAUCUGAUUUUGACAGAAUUGUUAAAAACUACGCUCCAAGUGUUUCAGCAUGAAUAGGUCAGUAUAAAACGACAUAAUUGUUGAUGGUUUUGAUGAUAUUGUUUGAUAAGUUACUCUUUCUCUCCGGAUCAACGCUCCCAUCGUCGAUUUUAAAUGAGGUUUCGAUGGGAUCGUCAAAGCACAAAAACCUGUUUAUUUUAGUUAUUUUCUUAGCUAUUGGUUUUUAAUUACUUUUAAUGAAAUCUAGAAUGAUUUUCCUUUGAUAAACAUUCGGUUUUUCUUUGUUUCAACGAGUUUUUACAUUGAACAAAGAGUUUGAAGCGGUUGUUUUAAUUGUCAAUUUUAUUUUUGUUUACAAACAUAAAAUCUUGACCUGACCCAUCUGGUGAUCGAUCUAAUAAAGGUUGAAAAUAAGACUCUGAUGACGAUUCAGACAGUGAUUUUAUGAUUUCGGAUGCAGUGGCUGAUGGAUCGUAUAAUUAUAAUCCUAGUACUAGUAUUAGUAGUAAUAAUGACAAAAUAAUGAAAUUGAUAUUGGUAGUUCAUCAGCUGAUGAACAACCAGCCCCACCCCAACUAAAGUGCCUUGUAGAAGAGCUAAUACUGUUCCUACUAUAAAUAAUAUAGUUGCCAAUAAGAAACAAGAACAAAAAAAUAAGCUGCUGAUCUUAGCACUAAAACUGAGUGCAAUUUCAGAUUUUUACGUUUGAAUUUGAAAAAUUUAGGCAUAAAUUUGGAGCUUGUAAUGUGACUAGUACGUCAAAUUACCUUGACUAUUUUUUAAAAACUUUUCUAGACACAUAUUAUUCACAAGCUUUUACUCUCAAUAAAUGAGUAUGCUUCCUAACAGAAUUAAAAUCAACACUCCAACAAGAUUUAUCGAAGCAAAACAUGUGCCUAUUAGUUCCAAAAAGGACAUUGUGCAAACACUAUAGAACAGGGCGAACUCUACUGGUAUACAUUUGUGCUGGAUAUGAGUCAAAUCCGCACAUCCAUAUGGAUUGUUUUCAGGCUUACCAUAGCUAAACCCAGAUGAAAAGAUAUGAGAAAUUUAUGGUAAAUUUUCCAUUUCAUAAUAAAUGUUAGUAAAUACAAGGAUACAGUGCAAAUAUUUUCAAAUAGCAACAGAUUUUUCCAGUGGAAAUAGUUUUUUUUUUUGGACAUUUUUUUGUGUGGCGGUGACAAUGUGCUCUGGUGUUUCAUUUUUUUCUUUUUUUAAAUGUGACCUUUAAUUGUGAUGCACGUAUGGAUAUAGUUCAGAAACAAAAUAUUUUUGUUACUCUUUGGAUUAUAUAUUUCUCUUUGUGUGACUUGGAAUGAGGGUUUUGUGAACAGUUGGCGAGUUUUUUUUAUUUAACAUUUUUAUUUUCCUUAAAUCACAAUCACAUUUAUGUAUUAAAAUUUAAACCAAAGUCUGUACUGUUUGCAAAGAGCAUGCAUUCCUCUUUAAUUCCAUACCAAACUUAACAUUUGUCUGAUAAAAAACAAAAAAGUUAUGAUGGUUUAGAGAUAACAUGGUAGUAUGUAAGAAAUAAGCAAAAUAGAUAAUUCUGUCAGAACGUGGAAAUUAAUUCCGGAGAGAAAGGGUUAAUAUACUAUAACUAUAAUUUUUUUAGCUUAUGGUUCAUGUUUUUUGUUGUUGCUGUUUUCUUACCUCCCUUUUCCUCCUUGUUUUUAUUUAUUUCUCAUUACUCUGACUAUGGAGAUGGAAAUUUAAUGGUUGUAUUUUUUAUAUUUUCAGAGUCACUCCAAAAUAUUUGUAACAAAUGUGGGCCAAUGUAUAUAUAAAAACUUGUGGACUGAAUAAAUGAUGCUUUUAAUUAUUCAAAUGCUGUUUGUGUAAUUACUUUUUGUAUGUUGCAAUUUGUUCAAACUCUGAUAAGCACUAUUGUGUUCUUACUCGCCCUUGCACAGAGCCCUCUGCUUUAAGGACUAUGCACUAUGAUGUAAAGUUUCAUAUUAAAAUAUUCUUAUCACAAAGAUUCCACUGGAACUAUAGUUAACUAAAUUUAACAGACUUAACCAGUCAGUAUAGUUAACAACAAAAUGGUAGCCCAUAGAUCAUGGGUUCUUAAUCUUUUACCCAUUGCCACAACCCCUCUCCUCAAAGUAUUGUAGGGUAACAAGUUUUUUGUGAUUUUGCUUCAUAAAUUUUAGGGUCUUCCUGCAUCCUGUGUUUUCCCUUGUUAGAGUUUUCAUUGAGCUUUCUUUUUGUGCAUCUAAAUAAUUAAUGUUUUAAAAUUGUAUUUAAUUAACGAUGAAAUUAUAUAAAUAUGAU